AUGACUGAGCCGGAUCAGUGCAUCAUAUGUUUGGAGUCGCUGCAGCCCCCCUCGUCCCAGCUGGACGGCGCAAACGGAGCGGGACCUACAGUAGCGACAACAGGAACAACAUCAAAAGCCACUUACCAACGCAUCGACUCCGAUAUCGAAAUACUCGAAGAAGACGAGAACAACCAUAUUGCUACUUUGGUCGGCUGCAAUCACGUUGUCCAUGAUCGAUGCAUCAGGAGUUGGGCAAAGAAUUCCAAUACUUGCCCCAUCUGUCGUACACCUUUCAAUGAAGUCAGUCUAUCAUCUGAGCUGAACGGUCCUCCCGUCGAUUCGUAUGCUGUUCAAGAUAAGAAGCAAGAACAGGAAUUCGAUAUUCACAGAUGGCUUGAGGAAAACCCCGAAGAUGAUGCUUCCGAGCCCAGUCCGAUUUGCCCCAUCUGCGAGUCUGGAGAUCACGAAGACGUAUUGCUCCUCUGCGAUGGCUGCAACGCAGCCUACCACACACACUGUAUUGGUCUGGCCGGCGUGCCUCAGACAGAAUAUUGGUUCUGUUUUGAGUGUACCGAGAACAACACAGGUCAUUCUCGCCCUGGAGAUAUUUCACAGGCCGAUUUGCAAGAGGCGCAGGCCAUUUCGCAGGCCAUCGCGCAGGCUGCACGCCCCUCUAACAGACGGAGCGUCUACGCCCGGCGUGGCUUCCUGCGUACUCAACUGCAGGCUAGAAAUGCCAGACGCGAGGCUAGAUCCCUUGAGUGGCAAGGCGCCUGGGAUCGUAUUGCGAGCCGUAUCUACGACGCCACUGAUAUCGACCUCGAUAACCAUGAAGAGGACGACGCCUUCCAGAGUUUCCGUCGAGUACAAUCGCAGCGGGAGCAGAGAGAACAGAUCCGCGAUUUGCAGGAGCAUCGCGACUGGGAACAGCGUAUGAGCAUUGCCAGCCGCAUGGGCGCGAGGGAUGUGUUUGUGCGAAAUAUUCGCCCGACCGUUGGUCACCGUUUGGACGGCCUUCCUGUUGAGCCAGUUCAGCCGCCUCCGCCUCCUCCUGCUCCCGAAACUAGAGACGAGCAAAGAGCUUGGGGUGCACUUGAACGGGCUCGUGAUACCGAAACCACCCCCAAUACCCGGAAGCGAAAGUCCAGAUCUGUUACGGCUUCCCCGCAGGAGCCCGCACAGGAACCCGAGCGCAAAUUGAAGAGACCCCGUACUCGCAGGCUGCCUUUGCAAGGAGAAGCGUCGGCCUCUGGCUCUGGCUCUGGAUCUGUUCCUGUUCCUGUUCCUGUUCCUGUUUCUGCCUCGGCGUCGGCGUCAGCGUCAGCAUCAACAUCAACAUCAGCAUCAGCAUUAGCAUCUGCAUCAGCCUCUGCUCCCACCUCUGUGCCCACAGCAACCUCUUCGCCUGCACCGACGACCGCACCGGCCUCGAGACAGACAAACCACCCGGCUCGCCGUCCUCAAUCCCCCAUCGGCACGGAGACCGGACCCUCUUUCCUGUCUUCUCUACUCAAAGAGGUUGAGAUGAGCACCCCGUCAGACGACGAUGCGAUGCGCAACUACUUCGGCACUCGUUCUGGGAUUGACCCCUCUUCCCCAGUCACAUCCCCCUCGCCCUCUUCGCGCAACUCCCCCCGAGCCCUGUCCCUCACACCACCACCGCACCCCCGGCCUAGUUCUCCUACGCUGUCUCUAAGCUCUUACGUAGAGCCAAGAUUUCCCAAGGCCAACUACUCGCCGACUCGAGCUUCGGGCGACAGCAGCGACUCCGAUAGCCGGUCGAACGGCGCCGAAAUUCGUCAGCCUCGACCCCAACGACCAAUGCGCCACCGAGCCAACCUCACCCGGUCGCAAGAUUCGUCCCCGACUCGAUCUGCUAUAUCUCUAGAAAACAAGGAGAGAAUCAGCAAUAUUGUCCGGGCUGCGCUGAAUCCCCAUUACCGCGCGAAAGGUCUCACAACUGAGCAGUAUGCAACUAUUAAUCGUGACGUUUCUCGCAAGUUGUACGAGGGUUUGCGCGAUCCGCUAGCUCUCGACGAGGAUGCUAAGAAAGCAUGGGAAAAGAUCGCCGCUAGGGAGGUGGCCCGUGCAGUUGAGGAACUGAAGGCUUGA